AAAAAAAUUGCAUUUUCGAAUAUCUUUUGCACGUGAAUGAUCUAAAAAAAAAUCUCAAACGCACGAGACGCACGGAAGAGAAAAAUCGAACCGCACGAAUACCGAAGAUAGCUCCGUUAUAACGCACAUAGCAUAGCACCUUCACUCCGUAUCGUUGUAACAGAUAGUAUAGUUGAGAGGCAGUCUUUGGUAUACUACGUUGUGCUGCUGACCCAAAUGAAUCCUGUCCGCCGCGAGUCAGUCCCGCUCCGGGCUUCUUCGCGGCAAUAUUGUGGUCGUUCGAUCGCGUUCUCGGUUACGUUAAAGCCAGUUGCAUUAUUUUUUUUUUUAACACAAAACAAUUGAAACUCACGAGUGUCAACAUCUUUUUGGAAACAUCGAAACAGCACCUUGUUCUCAUUUCUUUUUCUAUCGUGAUCAGACCGUAUCUUGAUACAAAGUGAUGAUUUUUAAAAUAAAAAAUAGAUAUAUAGUGUUAUUAAUUAUUUAUAAUUAUUAUUAACAAUUAUUAAUAAUUUAACUUUGUUUAAUCGUCACAUCAAAUUUGAACAAUAGUUUUUCAAGUUUAAUCGUUCGUGCACUAGAUAAUGCUCGAUGCUCCAUUUCGGUCACAGUGCAGUUCCGCCGAUUGAUCGGCGCUUGAUUCAGAAAGCGACGAAAACAAAUUCCUCGUGAUCGGUGUACGUGUUAAAACGGUGCCCCUGUUCAUCCGUGAGUGAAGGCGCGCUCUGGGUUUACGACUACAGCACAGCUGCCACUCGUCAAAGUUAAAAGCACGCGAGUUGAUCUGAAAAUAUACAUCGCGGAUAGUGGAUCGGGAAGAAGGAGUGGCAUUUCCGUGCAUAAUACGAGAGGGCUGAUGCCAGAAACGAGAGGAAUCGCAGGACAUUACCGCGGAAGAGUCAGACAUCUGCGUCCGGAGCAGACUCGUCCUAGCGAUGCGACAUUCCACGCUGGUCCCGCGUAAUCAUUGACAACUGGCAACAUGCGAAGCGAAGUGGGCGAAUGGCUGGCCACGUGCGUAGGUUCACCAAUAUGCAUCCUGCUGCUGUCAUGGUCCCUAUUGAUCUACCAAAAUCAAUCCUCAUCCGCGAAAAGAAAGAUCGAUGUGCUGACAGUCGCAAUUCUUUCGCAAAGUCUCACACAUCAAUUAGGAUUGCUGCUAUACGCGAUUCUCACUUUGAUUCGUCCAACAAAUCACUUUGGAGAACUAUGCUCGACGUUGGUAUGGGUGCUGAACUCGUCGAGUAUUCUUCAGGAACUGACCUUGACGUCGAUCGCGGUGUUUGCGGCGAUCAGCAGUCGCGAUGAUGUUAUCAAUAUCACGAAGAAUCACCUCAAGUACCAUUUGGUGAGCCUGAGCGUCAUCAGCGCCUGCAUCGGUGUCACUGGGGUCCUCAACUUCGAGCCGGAAGUCUGCGUCUUUCUGGCCCACCAGAUCUCCUAUAAAUACGGGGUCUUUGUCAACUCCUUAAGAGGUCUGUUGGCUCUCACGUCUCUUUUCGGCGUGCUGGUCGCUCUCUUUAAAAAUCUCUGUCGUUCACCGACUUCCGAGCUUCUCAAGUCGGUCUCAGACCUGUCCGAGGCAAGCUCGAAGAAUUCUUCGGGAGCAUUUGAGUGUCAUCCGCAACAUUGGGAUCCCUCGAGCGGAUCGUGCACCAGCGGUUCGACCAACAGCAGGGCGUGUUUGAGGAAGAAGAAAGUGCAGGUGGACGAGUCCAGCGGCAGAUCUACCGUUUACAGCAUACUCUUUGUCUGCUACAUCUUCGAGCAUUUACCCAUCCUGAUCAUCUCCAUUAGACCGAGUCUCUUGAAGAACUUCUGUACACCGCAAAAUCUGGCGACAUGGCUACCACUGGUAAAGGAUACGCUGCUUCCGGUUUUCCUGGCUCUCUUCGACAAAAUGUUCUGCCGAUACGUGGCCAAGGUGUAUACAAAGCAGGAUCACGCGAGAAGAUUGUCGCACGGCGGUAUAGAUGGUAAAUUUCGACACUUCGAGCAAGAUAAUGAAUACAAAUUACAAUUGAACCUGAAUCACGGGCUAAAGUUCCCUCUGACUAACGGAAGCCUCUACGGACGGUUGCUCAGCCAUCAGAACAGAGCGAAAACCGGCACGAUCACUAUGGGGAUUCAGCAACACUAUCCCAAGAUGCAGUCCAUGAACGAGGACAGCAACUAUGCGUCUCUGCCAGCGGAACUGUCGUCUCUCACCAGUUCGACCUUCGAACCGCGUCAGGAUAGAAUUCCCGAAUCGCCGAAAAAGAAUUCAGUGGAACAACAGCAGACGGGAUACAGCAGACGUCCGAGACCUAACGAGAGUUUACACGAGCUGCCUGGUAAUCGCAGAAAGAUCGGCAGCACCGAUGUCUUCGGACAGAAUAUGGAGAAUUUGGUGCAAUUGGAGGAUCCUGCGAGUAACAGAAAAUUCCAAAUCAAGAAUCUGAAUGAGAUUCGAGAGGAGCCAUCCAGGCGGCACACCAGGAGCGUUCUCGGUCUGGAGAAGCUGAUCCUCGGGCUGGAGAACAAUCUCCAAGAGCAGCAUUAUUCGAGAAACGUUCUGCGCAGGAAUCAAAGCUUCGACCAUACCAGAUAUCAUCGACCUAUGCUCGACACGAGGACUUACAAUUUGAAAAAAGAUGAUCUUGUGAGAGAGAAUCUUCAACAGAAUCUUCAUUUAAAUUUUCAAAGACGGGAUAGUCAUUGCGACGGAUACGACAGCUCCGACGAUGAGAGUUGCGAUCUGGAGAAUGAUUUCGACACGAUGAGCUCCUGCAGAAGCAGAAGCAGAAGCUGCUGUUCCGUCACCACCGUCGCCAAUGAUGAUUUCGAAUAUUUCCAACGUAAGGGAACCAAGGUGGAGUUGCUGCCCCCGAAGCGAACCGGCGAGGUAAAGGUCAGCAUGCGAUCUUUCACGCCGCGUAUCAUAGAGAACGGUACUGCGGAUCAGGAGGACAAGAAGUGCAGAAGCAACACGAAGCUGUCCGACACGAAGCCCAGCAUACAGUCCUACCAUCUGAAAGCUAAAAGGAUCUCGCCCGGUUAUUCAAUGAACGACCUAGAUAAACUGACUGUCAAUAGAAAGCUACCGAACCUCUCGAUGGAGAAUCUGAAAAGCAUCCUGAAAAACUCCGACGUGAGUUACCUCGAUAAUGGUGACAUAUGCAAACACGACAUAGGUGGCUCGGCCCCAGAUUUCAAGAAGAUCUUCGUCAGCGAGUUCAUAUGAAAGCUAUAAUUCUACAUUAAGUGUUCACAAGGCGGAAAGACUGUAUCAUUUGUCCUUGGGACGUAACAGCGAUGUAUCAGCAGAUUAUAGACAAUUUAAUUUGUAUGACCGGAAAAAGAUUAUUCUUCUUGUCAUAGAUUGUAUAAAAGAGUUCUCGGUAAAUGUCUAGAAAAAAUUACACUUCACCGAUUUUGAUGAACUUGGUAUAUGUUAUAGGGGUAAGGGUGCUGAUCAACUUUUUCUUAUGAAAUAAUUGGGGGUUUUAUAAUUUUUGAGAUAUACUUAAAAAAUGAAAAAUAGUUCUUUUUAAUUACUUAAAAAAAUAUUUAUUUUACAAAAGAAUUUGUCAAACAAAAAGUAAAGCACAAAAAACUCUACGACUAAGGUUCUAUACAUAUUUUACCUAACUCCAAUACUUCAUUCGUAAUCAAAAACUAUUUUAAAAUGGGUUUCUUUAAUCGUCAGCACUGUUUUCAUGAAAUUCACUGUUUUAGAAACACAAAUUGCUUAAAAAGCAUAUAUAUAACAUACAUAUACUAAGAUCAUUAAAAUCAAUGAGGUGUAUAACCUUUUCUGGACAUUUACUUCAGUAAAAGUUCUCUUGGUGGUAAUUCUUUCUUAUCUAAAAAAUUAUGAUGUUAAUGAAAUUCGAAAAAAACACGUAAAUGAGAGCAUUUAGAUUUAUGACAAUCUUGAUUCAUUAAGAAUGUAUCACACGUACAGUUCCUGCAAAAUAAAUAAAAA